CGGCCCGCCAUCACCGCAAUUCUCACUAAGAGUCCUAGUGCCACAGACCAGGAGUUACAGAUUCGCCGGGUCCCAAUCUUAAACUUGGACUGGAUCCUGCGAAUCAGCUAUGAUCUUUAAGCACGGCACUACCUUCCUAUCUGGUAUUGGUCGCUUUUGAAUCAGGCCAGCAACCCAAACGACUCGCAGGAACGAGAAGCAUCGAGCUCUGGGGUAUUUAGUCCGAGUCUGUGGCGCAAAGUUUUCCCUACGAUCGUUACUGCUCGGGGAAUGGAUCACUACUUUCUCUGUCUCCUGAAACACCUGAAAACGGGCGGUGCUCUCACCUGGUGUAGUCAUCGAUUCUCGGCCAGGGGAUAUGGGCGACGCGCUUCACAGCGAUGGUCUUAGGUCAUAGAGACUCGCUUGCAGCUCCGAGUUUGAUGUCUUACUCGAGGACACCGAUGGGCUCAUAACGGGAAAUCGAAGACGUUCGCUCGACUGCGGCCGAAACGGUCUACAAGGGGACACCUCCCGCAGGGUCUUUUCUGGCCUUUGCGCCCUCGCUGCGCGUGUCGAUUCUGCCCUUACGAAGCUCGCUCCUCUGUUUACCUCGCCUCCUCCUUCCUUGUUCAUCUGUCUAUGGAGUUCUUCGUCUGUGACGCUGGCUCAGGCAACUGCGAUUCCACGUACGACAGGGACCAUGACGUAUUUGAUCCUGCUCAUGGAUCAACUCGUCGGACUGUGAGACUGCUUGCACCUCCGCAGAAUGCCCGAGGUCGUGCCGCGCACUGGACAUCAUUUGCCUGAAGUUUUCGGACAGGACGCGCGCUCUGAGGGGUUGUUCUCCUUUGGCGCUGUCCACAGCAUGUACUGUUGUUCUUCGUUCUUCUCAAACAUGACUUCGCCUACACGUUCUCUUCUAUGCAUCAGCGCAUCACCAUCGACGAUUGGUCUUAGACAGAUCUCGAGCUGGAUUGGGAUUGCUCAAAAACUUAGAGUAUCUCGGUACCAGACGAAGCCAUUUCGUUGCCUGCAGUCCCCAUUCCUUUCCAAGUCGAAAAUCUGGCCCGGCGCAACCAACGAACCCGCUCAGCCUCGAUGGCACAUCCGUUAUAACAUCCAUCCCUCCGCCCUCAGCAACUCCCCUUAUCCUAUCGAGUGGCAAGAUCAUACUUCUACGCGACCAGCACACCCCUCCGAAACCUCAGCAAUAUCGGACCAGAAGGAGCACACCUUCGUCCACAUCCCCCAAGAGUCUGCGCUGCUCACACCCCGGUACUGCUAGUCGGUCGCGCGCCAAGCAGAUCUGGUCAGGCACAUCUGACACGUACACAACAAACAGUCCGUGCCAUUUCACUUCAUCCAAGCACACACACCAGACCCAAGACCGCGAAUACUGUGACGCGUGUCUCACGAUCUAGUCCCAGGGCAACUCGCGCUGACGGCAUCAGAAGCGGGGGGGCUGCCCCAACCUCGAGUGCUUCGUCUGGAACCUACGCGUCCGGGCCGGGGAGUCUCCCCCCUCUCCCGUAGAUCUGCGAUGAGACUCGGGACGAGUGCAGGCUCCAGUGCCGGACAUGUGACAGGUGGGAUUUUCCGGGCGAGGGCCUGCGACAGCCUGCGACGCAGGGCGCAUAGCUCAUUUUCGAUAAGCGGGUCGCGCGGAAACAUUGAUGUAUCUUAUUGCUGAUCCUAUUGGCGAUUGGCGAUUGGCUGCUUGCCCCCGUCCCAAUAUUGUCGCUUUAGUCUCCAGUCAUUGCGUUCUGGCAAGACUAAUCAGUUCUGACGAGGAGUGGUUGUGGUCAAUGGCUGUGCGGUGAGCACCGGAACAACUUGCUCUCGACCAAUGCCAUAUGGGCUAUUUGCCGCGGCCUGAGCUCAGAAUAGGCCUUCUCCCAGUCUAUUUCGCAUAUUUCCCAGUGGCUCCCGAUAACUUCUCUCUGCUUUGUCUCGUGAACCGCCCAAUCCAGUAACCGAUUCCGGAUGACUGAGGGCACCGCGUGUGUCUUUCCUGCGUGCAUGGUACAUCUAUGACGGGGGGAGAGAAAUCCUGGCUGCGCAAUGCAUCUCUACGCUCUAACUGUGAUUCUCGCGUCCUGCGUGUCUGCGCAGGUCGCGUCCUUGGACAACACCCUCCUCGGCCUCACGCCCGACUCCUGGCCUCCCGGCCCCGGAGCUGCGCUCGUGCCCCAGCAGCCCGACCGCGAGCUCGCGGGGAUGAUGGCGCAGAUCGACCCCGCGCGCAUCGAGGCGAUCAUCACCAAGCUCGUGUCGUUUGGAACGCGCAACACGAUGUCGAACCAGACCGACCCUGUCCGUGGGAUCGGCGCGGCCCGCGACUGGAUCGCAGCGGAGAUGCGCAGCUUCGCGGCGACGUCGGGUGGGCGGAUGACGGUCGCUGUGCCGAGUUACAUCCAACAACCUACAGGCAGCAUCAUCCAGACGACCAAUAUCAGCAAUGUCGUCGCCACGCUCAAGGGCUCGAAAGACCCGAACCGCAUCUACGUCGUGUCCGGCCAUUAUGAUUCCCGUGUGACGAACAACUCGAACUUCUUGGAUGACUCUCCCGGAGCCGACGAUGACGGCUCCGGCGUCGCUGUGGCCAUGGAGCUGGCUAGAGUGAUGGCGAGCCACAGCCCCGCUGCGACCAUCAUGUUCGCCGCCGUGGCUGGCGAGGAGCAAGGGCUGUUUGGCUCGGCGUUCAUGGCUGCCACACUCGCCAACGCAAGUGCCGAUGUCCAGGGUAUGCUCAAUAACGACAUCGUGGGCAGCUCGACGGGAGAUGACGGUACCCGUGAUCCAUUCAACAUUCGCAUGUUCGCGCAGGGUAUCCCAAACACAGAGACUCUCGCCACGAUCGAUCGCCGAAUCAGCUCGGGUGCGGAGAACGACUCGCCGAUCCGCCAGCUCGGGAGAUUCGUGGUCGAAGUGGCUUCGAACGCGAUCACUCAAAUGAACGUACAGAUGAUCUACCGCCCCGACCGGUUCCUGCGCGGCGGGGACCACGAGUCGUUCAUCGCGCACGGCUACCCCGCUGUACGAUUCACCGAGCCGCACGAGAACUUCGCGCACCAGCACCAGGACGUCCGCGUCGUGAACGGUGUGCAGUUCGGGGAUCUGAUCGAGUUCUGCGACUUCGAGUUCAACGCGCGCGUCGCCAAGGUCAACGGGGUGGCCCUCUGGUCGCUCGCGCAGGCGCCGGGGACGCCGAAGGGGCUGACCCUUGACACGAGUGUGCUGACGAACAACUCGACGCUCCGGUGGACGCCGGAUGCCGCUGCUGCUGGCUACGAGGUUGUCUGGAGAGCCACUGAGGAGCCGCUUUGGACCCACGUUGUUCCUGUCGGCAACGUGUCUUCGACGACAGUCUUGCUCUCCAAGGAUAAUGUGCAGUUUGGGGUGCGUGCGGUGGGAGCCAAUGGCUUCAAGAGCCCGGCUGCUUUCCCCUUUAGCGGGUGAAACAGUAGCGUAGUAGUAGUCGGAUUGCAAUGCCUGUUCAAAUCUAAGCACAUACACGAUUCAGACAGUGUUCUCCCCCAACGCUUAGUCUUUGGAUCGUGAUCUCUG